CCCGGGCUCACCAUGCACUGCCACGCAGAGCUGAGGCUGAGCUCGCCUGGCCAGCUCAAAGCAGCCAGGAGGCGCUACAAGACUUUCAUGAUCGACGAGAUCCUCUCCAAGGAGACCUGCGACUACUUUGAGAAACUUUCCCUCUACUCCAUGUGCCCGUCGCUGGUCGUGCGACCCAAGCCCCUGCAUUCCUGUACCGGCCCCGCUUCCCUUCGGGCAUAUCCUCUCCUCUCGGUGAUCGCCCGACAGCCCACCGUCAUCCCCCACCUGGUCCCCGCCACCCCGGGAAUCGCCCAGGCUCUGUCCCGCCACCCGGCCACCGAGGCCACCUCUGCCGAGGCUGCGGGCGAGAACCACGGCAGCAGCGAGUCGGAGACGGAGCAGCCCACGCCCCGGCAGACGAAGCCCCGCCGGAGCCGCACCAUCUUCACGGAGCUGCAGCUCAUGGGCCUGGAGAAGAAAUUCCAGAAGCAGAAGUACUUGUCCACCCCAGACAGGUUGGACUUGGCCCAGUCUCUGGGACUCACUCAACUGCAGGUGAAGACUUGGUACCAGAAUCGCAGGAUGAAAUGGAAGAAAAUGGUUCUUAAAGGUGGACAGGAAGCGCCCACAAAACCCAAAGGUCGUCCCAAGAAGAACUCCAUCCCCACAUCAGAAGAGAUUGAAGCUGAAGAGAAGUUGAAGAGCCAGGCCCAGAGCAAGGAGCGCUGCGAGCCCUCCCAGGGCCAGGAGGGGCUCUGUGACACGCAGGAACCAAAAGUGCACGGUGUCCCCGCAGAGGUGGCUGAGCCCCUAGGCCAGCCCCAGGAGUUGCCAGUAGCUUCUUUGGAACCCCCGCCAUCAAGCUAAAAUAAAACUCUUGCGGGGAGCGGGAAGGGGAAGACUGGGG